UAUUGUUUUUAAAAAUUUUAUGUGUGUAUGGCCCAAACUAGCCUGAACAAAUUGUUUCUUUCCAACAAGCAAACUGUAUGUGCAAGCACAGGUGCAAGUUUGUUUCUUAAUGCGUUUCAUUCAUUAGCUUGCAUAUGAUUGCAUCAUUCCGAGUUGGCUCAUUCAUUGAGUAAUUAAAUAUUCACUCAACGGCUCAAUUAUUACGUUCCUUCUUACUCUUUAUACACAAAACCUAUUUAUUCAUUUCAUGGGAAAUUGAAAGUGCUGUGAGGAUUGUUUAAGACUAAUAAGACGAAAUGGAAAGAGUGGAAACUGUAGACUGCUGUAUUUGUGGGGAUUUAGUGAUUUGUGUAAAAAAUUUGAAGAUUUAUCACAUGUGCGACGGAAUAGGAAGACAAUUUAGUUACGCAUGCCCCAACGCAACCCUUUUCCAACAACGUAUGUUAAUAUGUGACCAUUGGUACAUGGUAAAUUGCAACAAAUCUGAAGUUGAUUAUGACGCCAAUCUACUCAUAGGGCAGCGCGAUAAACCUUUUGUCAGGGAUUCGGAUAAUCAUAGAACCCCUCGACCCAAUUUAUUAUCUCAGAAAGCUCCCGAGUACGGUAGCUUAUUUCGAAAUGGAAAGACGAAUCUUAAUCUGGUCGGAAUUGAAACUGAUAAUCUCAACGAUUCAAUGACGUUUAAAAAACACUACUCAUUACCUACGCAUUGGUUUACGAAACUUAGCAAUGAAGGUGUGCCUUCAACAACCCAAACGGCUCUGAAGUAUAAUCCAAAGGUAAAGAGGCCGCAGCACAAGGAAGUAGUGCCAAAAAAAUCGGUUGCAAUUGCCUCUAAAAGACAAAAACCGACUGUUGCUGCGUCGUCUAAUCGAAAUCAGUUCAGCGAUCUACAACCUAACGUCAACAAUAAGGGAGAGCUGCAGAAUACUGUUAAAAUUGAAAACGCUACCACCGAUGAUCAUUGGAAUAAUUUAAAGAAACUAUUUUCAAUACCAGACUAUGAUUUUCCUUUGGAUGCAGCUAAACGACCUGGAUACGAAAGCGGACCGAGUUCAUUUGAUGCAAGCUAGUAACAAUAACGAAUGUUUAGAGAAUAUUAAAUUCAACUCUUAGUUGCCAUAUCCUUGCAGUUGCAAGGAAUACAUAA